GCCCCGCCCGGCCAGCGCCUCCCCUCAGCGCCGGGCCCUGCGGCCCGCUCCCCUCAGAACGCCGGCCUCUCUCCCCUCAGCACCACGGCCCGGUGCCUCUGCAGCUCCGCGGCCCGCUCACCCUCAGCUCCGGCCCCGCGGCGCAGCCGGCUCCCGGGCUCCGCGCAACGUCCCGCGGGUGGGGGGCCGGGGUCGUGCUCGUAGGGCCGGGGGUUGUCCCCGGCUGGGCCCGUCGAUUCGUCCUGCAGCCGUUCAGAACGGAGCGCUGGGGGGGGCAGGAGCAGCCCCUCGGGGGCUACCUCGGGGCCAGCGCUGACUCUUUCUCUCUACCGGCUGCAGCUAGCGGGGCCUCUGCUGUUUCCCAAGAAAACUUGAGAAUUAAAUGGCUCCUUCCACUUCUGAUGUCCUCCGUUACCCGUAACCAGCCGGUGACAUCUGUACUUGUGUGGCUGGGGCAGAGCUCCUCUGGUGCAAUGGGAACUAUGCCAUGAGGAGCGGUAAGAGUUGGCCAUAGCCAUGACAGAGCCCCACAGGGUUUCGUUCACCACUCUCCAUGGUCCACUGAGCAGCACCUUCCUGAAGAGGUCUCGGAAGGACGAUGCAGAGCAGCCCCAGGACGUGGAGCCGGCUGCCACUGCCGUUCGGAUCACACUCACCCUCUUUGAGCCAGACCACAAACGUUGUCCUGAAUUUUUCUACCCGGAUCUUCUGAAGAGCUGUCGAGGGAAAAUAAAAGGUGGUUCUUCGGGAGACAAGAAGAAAGAUCUGGCUGAUCCCUUUAAUGAUGACGAAAAGGAAAGGCAUAAAGUAGAGGCUCUGGCAAGGAAGUUUGAAGAAAAAUAUGGUGGCAAGAGACGCAGGAAGGACCGGAUUCAGGACUUGAUUGACAUGGGGUACGGAUAUGAUGAAUCUGACUCCUUCAUCGAUAACUCUGAAGCGUAUGAUGAGCUUGUUCCAGCUUCGCUUACUACAAAGUAUGGAGGGUUUUACAUCAACUCAGGAACGCUGCAGUUUCGCCAAGCAUCUGAAUCUGAAGAUGACUAUGUUAAAGAGAAGAAGAAGAAGUGUCCCAAGAAGCGGAAGUUGAAAGACGGAGGUGAAAAAAUGAAGAAGAAAAAGAAAGAUGAUUCAUACGACAAGGAAAAGAAAUCCAAGAAAUCGAAGUUUCCCAAAGCUGGCUUUACGGCAUUAAAUGCCAGUAAGGAGAAGAAGAAAAAGAAAUACUCUGGAGCUCUUAGUGUCAAGGAGAUGCUGAAGAGGUUUCAGAAGGAGAAGGAUGCACAGAAGAAAAAAGAUGAAGAGCAGAAAGUGGCGACUCCUUCACCAGCAGAACCCCCAGCCCCAAGGGAGGGGGAGGCAAUGGCCGACCCUUUGCUCUCACUCUUUGGCCACGCCAGUGACAAUGACCUGCUUCAGGCAGCGACUGCCAUGGACAACUUAACUGACCUUGACCUGGAGCGGCUCCUCAGUGAGUCCCCAGAAGGGAGCCCCUGUCCUGACGUGGAGGAUGGGAGCAAUCCUGGAGGGACAGGCUUGGAGCAGGAUUUCAAGCAACCGCCCUCUCUCCCAGACGGCCUCCCAGCCCCUUUGGAGAAGCGCAUCAAAGAACUGGCUCAGGCUGCCAGAGCUGCUGAGGGAGAAGGCAGACAGAGAUUCUUCACUCAGGACAUCAACAACAUCAUAUUGGACAUUGAGCUGCAGACCCGGGAGCUGAACAGCCAGAUCCGGUCAGGGGUUUAUGCCCACCUGGCUGCUUUCUUCCCCUGCAGCAAGGACACUCUGGUCAAGCGUGCCCGUAAGCUUUAUCUCUAUGAGCAGGGUGGUCGGUUGAAGGAACCUCUGCAGAAGCUAAAGGAAGCCAUUGGAAGGGCCAUGCCAGAGCAGAUGGCAAAGUACCAGGAGGAAUGCCAAGCCCAUAAUCAGGCCAAGUUUGCCAAAAUGCUGGAAGAAGAAAAGGACAAAGAGCAGCGAGACCGAGUUUGUUCUGAUGAUGAAGAGGAUGAAGAAAAGGGAGGAAAGCGCGCUGCGGGACCACGGAAGAAGUUUCAAUGGAAUGAUGAAAUCAGGGAGCUGCUUUGCCACUUGGUGAAGAUUAAGUUGGAUGGUUAUGACCUUGACAAGAAUAAGGCUCAGUCUCUAGAGGAUUAUGUGAAGACCUUCCUAGAUGGAGAGGUGAAGCCCCUUUGGCCAAAAGGCUGGAUGCAGGCCAGGACACUGUUUAAGGAGAGCAGGCGUGUACAUGGACAUCUCACAUCAGUCCUGUCAAAGAAGAAAGUUACAGCUUCUACUAAAGUGAAAGUGAAGGAAUCUUCCUGCAAACCAGAUAAAAAGAUGUCAGUUUCUGUUCCUUCAAUGCACUCAAGCAACACCUUAGCUCUGUCUUCAGAGCCCCAGGGAGGAGCUCUGGGCAUCAGUGCCCAAACCAGAGAACUUUUGUCCCUUGGGACAGCCCAGGCAGCCAGCAGCACUGGCACUCCCACUACCUUCAUGGAUGACUCCUUGGAUGAGGACUUAAUUCAUAAUCCCACUUCCUCACUCGAAGCAGUCUCUAAGGAACUGGCUGUGCUGAACAGCAGAGCAGGAGGGAGUCCUGACUUUACUCUUCCUGGAGCUCCAAAAGCUCCACCAGAAAAGAUCCCAUCUUCAGAGGAGAAGAGGACAUUUCCAAAGUCCAACCCUUCCCCUACAUCAUCCUCUGGUUCCCUUCAGUCUCCUCUAAACUUCCUGGCUGAGCAAGCCCUGGCCUUGGGCCAGUCUUCUCAAGACAAAAAGACAGAGAACUCUAAUUACAAAGAGCUCUCCUGCCAAGCUUCCCCCAGCAAAAUCCUUCCUGAUGCACACCAGGCUAAACAGAAACACCACAGCCUGGUCCGGCCAGGCCAUGGCCCUCAGACCUCUACGCCAGUGCCGGCUUCUCAGGUGAAGGUCUUUCACUCAGGCAGCCAGCUACAGAAAACAUUCACCUCCCCAGCUCCAUUUGUCAAACUGCAGAAUCCCAAGUCCUCCUCCCCACUGCCCCAGCGCUCCCUCCUCCAACAGGUCAAGUCAUCAACCAAAGCUCAGAGCUUCCAUUCCUCUGCAACACCAGGCAGCACCCAAAACUCAAGCAGCUCCCACAAGAGCCCAGGUUCAUCAUCAUCAUCUCUCAGCUACACAGGAAAGCACUCAAGUGGCUCUAGCUCAUCAGGACAAUCUUACAAAUCGCCCUUCAUUUCGGGUUCUCUUUCCAAGCACGGAGCUUCUUCUAGCAGCGCCUCAUCUGGAGCUUCUGCAAACCAGGGCUGCUCCUCUGGGAGCUUGCUGCCCAGCGUGCAGACACCCUCCUCAGGCCAGGCAUCCAGCCGCCAGUCCUCAAGCUCCUCAGUGAAGAAGACACCUGUUUCACAGAAGCUGACAUUGGUGGCACCUCCGGGAGGCUCAAAUGGAGAUUCUAGUGGGGGCACUCAAGGGGUGGCCAAGUUGCUGACCUCCUCCCUUAAGCCAGCUGUCGUUAGCAGCACCGCAUCUUCUACCUCUGUGCCGAAAGGAACUAGUGGAGCUGUGCUGCUAACAAGUUCUUCCUCAUUAAAUGUGCUGGCUCCAUCCUACAAGUCCAGCAAUCCAAAGCUGCCAGCUGCUCUGAGCUCCACACCGUUAGGUAUUAUUUCUCCUAUUCAUUCCUUCCCUCUUCAUGUCAUCUCCUUCAGUUCAGACUCCUCCCCAAAAGCAGGAGUAUCAAAAGAUGCAAUAGUUACGGGACCUGCUCCAGGAACUUUCCACCAUGGCCUUGGCCACAGUCUUCUAGCUGGCUUGCACUCCAGCCCCCACCAUGCCGCGCCACUCCCACACUCUGCCCUGUCCACUCAUUUACCACAGAGCUUGCCAGUGCUCUUCAGCACUUCUGUGCAGUUCAGUGCUGUCUUGGUGUCUGCCCCUGUUGGAUUGUCUCCUUGGGAAAUACGAGCCUGCUUUAGGAGUGGAUGUGCUACUGCUGCGUUAGAUGUGCUGGGGUUCAGGUGGCCUCCCAUGGCCAGCAUAGGCUAAAAUGCCCUUGACUGUGGAGCUGCUCUUUGUUGAAGAAAGAAAUGCUUCUCAGCUUCACAGCAAAGGGUCCAAUGCUCAGCAGCGCAAGUUGUGAUGUCUGCAAGGAGCAUAGGACACAGCAUGCAUAGGAUAAAGCCAAGAGGAACAGAUCAUGGACUUUAAAUACCGGCGGUGUCUUUGGGUUUUUUCCCUCCUUUCUUUUUUCCUUCAUGACAACUGGAGACUGAACCACAAUGAAGAACUCAUUGGUGUGUUGGCUCAGAGGUGCUCAGAGCUGAGCUCCACACAAGGGCCACCUUGCACCAUGCCCUAAUGAGAGAUGCAUUUUGUAGCACUGUUUUAUUGCUGCUGCCCUUCAUGCAUUCCCUGGCACUGGCAGGAGCUGGAACUUGCAGGGAGAUGUGGGUGGCUCAGCUUCUUGCAGGGGAUUCUCACCCACCUCUCUCUGUACCUGCCAAGUACCUCCAAGUCCAGUUACCUCCUUGGUCUCCCAGUGGAGGGUAUGAAAGGUGCUUCUUUCUUCUGCUUUGGAUUUACUUGGAUAAUUCUAGCACUGCCAGUGCUUUCUGAAGACAUUUGAGGAACUGUUCAAAUUGUACUAUAAAACACUGCUACAGUUCAAUGGAGAACUUAACGUUUCCUGUGUGGUGAAUCUAAUGAACCACCUGAUGUUCCCCUCUGGAGGAGAAGGAAGACUCUUUAUAGAGAGACAUUUUUAGAUGCAGUCUUUGACUGAGAAUUCUUCUUUUGGGUUUUGGAUUUUUUUUCCUCCAAAGGGAUGCUUUUUUCCUGCUCAGUUUUAUCCUCAUUACCAUCGAACGCAUUGGAUUGUUUGGGACACUUCUCAGCAUGUCACAUGUAUAGGAAGACAUAAUUCCAGUGCCUUUUAUGGUGGAGCAAGAAUGGACUAGCGACACACAUUUCAGCCCUCUUUUGUGUGCUCCUUACCCUUUUUUAAUCAUUCUGUAUUUAAAAUGUAUUCUGUUUAUUUAAUAGAGCUUUUUAUGGUUGCACAUCAAAAAAGAAAAAAACAAAAAGCU